AUGACCCUGUGUACUUGCGACGCAUCUGACGGCAGUCCUCAAAAUCUGGAAGCACGCCUCUCAGCCAGCCACAAGGAGCUCAAGCUCCUCUGUAAGGACGGACUAAGGUAUGCCCCAGACGGGCUGAUGAGCUUGAUGGUGUGCCCUAUGAAGGCGGCGGAUCUGGGGAAGUGCAAAGCCGUAAGCGACGGCGCGAAACCCAUCGACGUCAAAGAACUGCUCUCCUGGCAUCCCGCCAACGUGCUGUGGAAGGUGGACGCCACAGCAGCCCAGGACGUUCCGAGAGUUCUGGCCAUUACAGAGAAGAGCCUUCCGUCCGUCGACAGGAAGUUCAUUGUCGGGUGUCUGAAAGGAAACGAAGACACCGCCCAGUGCACACUGACAGUGACGGUGAAGGCAAAAGCAACCUGGAGGACCAGUCGCACAGUUAGCUGUGCCUACGGCAAGGAAAGCAAUGGAACUCCUCAGUCCAUCAUCCUGACCCCGGCGGAGCGGAGCUACACUCUCGUGUGUGGAGCGGACGGCGAAAUUGUCCCAAACAACUACAAAGAAGUGUUCUGUCCCGUCGGCACGCCGUCGAGUGACCGGGAUCCUAGAUGCUAUGACAGGUAUGCAGCGGUUUUACCGGGCUACGAAAAAAAGUGGUGGCACGAAGGCGCGAACAAUUCGUUCACAUUUGCUGUUCCCGAGGACAGCUUCCCUGACAAAGAAGCAUCGAUCAGUGUUCGGUGCCGGAAGAAGCAACAGAACAAAGACCCAGCUGCACCUUUGGUGGAAUCGGCGGCAAGCGUGUGCAGCCUGAGCAUCAAAGUCGAGGGAGUCGGGAGAACCAGAUUCAUGCCUAAUAUCUCAGCCCCUCGUACUGUCGAUCGCUUCGGUGUCGCCUCCGGCGGAGCCUUUUUUCUUACUUCACUGGCGCAGAUACUGUGA